AAAUUACAUUAUUUAGUUAAAGGACUACUGGGAGAUAAUUGUGUCCUUAAUUACAAUCAAACUUGACUGCAUCUGUCUAACUCCGCGAGACUACCUUCUCUAUUGUCGUCUCUCUUCUGCACCAUUAUCGCGAGGUUUGAUCAGCUGUUAGGUCUGUUUUUAGAGUCUAGUGCUUGGACGGUCAACACGUGGGGAGGAUAGAGAAAGAUAGACACAGUAGGGGUACACGUUGGGAUUGAGUCAGGCCCGGAAAACGUAAAAUAUCACGAUCAUUAAAUUCACUGUGGCGGUACGGUGGACGUUUAAAUACUGUGUAGCUGCUAAGGUCCUGAGGAGAUGCCACUGAGGUUCCGGUCUAUUGUCCCGUACACGCUGCCUGGAGUGCUGGCGCUUAUAGGCUGGUGGUGGUACAUCUCGCGCAAGAAAGAGCAAAUCACCAACCAUGACAGUGAGGAGGGGGCAGCGGCCAUGGGCUUGCUGGCGUCCCCGGCCCCCAGUGAUGGCAGCAACGGCCUGGUAGAGAAGGGGACAGUGUCCCUCUGCGCCACAGCCACUACCCCCACAACCACCAGCAGCAGCUGCAGAGAGAGAACAGCCAGCAGCAGAGUCAGACCAUCCAAGGCCAAAGAGCAAAGGUCAACAGAACAGGAGGUCGUAGCACAAAUUCACAUCCCGGCCAUUAAGGUCCAGGCAGUAGAGGUACAGAGUACGUCCUGUUCACCUACAGAGAGGGCCUCCCACCACCCAGACAGAGCCAACGCAGUCACAGAACCUGGUGUAGAUAGGUGCCAACAGACACCCAGGAGCAGUUCUUCUCCUGCAGCCUCACCCUUACAAACACAGACCAGGAAGGAGAGCUGGGCUCUCCACGGAGAACACGGGGCCACUGGGCAGAGACCGUCAGUCGCCAUUGCCUAUGUUACAAAGCCGGUGAAAUCAAUGGUUACUGAGCAGGUCCCUGCUUCAGUGAAGGAGGCCAUUGCCACAGCAUCAGAAGCACUUGUUCUCUCCCAGACGGCCCACGCCACAACUAGUUCCUCCACAGCAGCAGACCUGAUGAAUGCAGAGAGACCUGAGCCAGAGGGGGAGGUGGCAGCAGCACAUGAGGCAGCAGUGGCCUUCAACCAGAACCUACAAGUGGAGCUGGUGGCUAAAGAUGCCCUCCUGGUCCCCUCCAGCAGUACCAAAGAUGAGCUGCUCUCCUCGUCCUUCAUCCCAGCUGAGACACCGGCCCAGGCCCUGAAAGUAGUCACACAUGAGCUUCUUUUCCCAGAGACCCUCACAUCUUCGCAGGGCUCCUACCAUGCUGUUGUGACUAGUAUUUCGGCCUUCCCGGCCCAAGGCCACCAGCAGGAGAAUGGGGCCCCCUGCAGCAGCGAGGAGCUGGAGGACCUGGCAGCAGGUCUGAUCACUGAGGUCAUCUGGGCAGCCACCCAGGAGGUCCUCAGUGUUGCCUCCUGUCCAGAGACCUGGCUCGGCCAAUCCGCUGCCGAGCCCUUCUGCAGAAGCACCCCGCUGGCCAAUGGGAGGCCAUGCUCUGAGCAAGAGGCACUCACAAGGAACAUGCAGGAAGGGUCCUCCCCAAUAAGCCACGCUGAGAUGGAGUGGAGAGCGCAGCAGAAAGAAGGGAUGCCCAACGGUUGCCCGCCCGCCCCGGCAUGGGAGCCAAUGGGGACCGCAAACGCACUGAAUAACCCCUGGGCGGCAGCAGCAGCAUCCUCGCAGGAGGGGAGGCGUGAGGCCAGCAGCGUACCUGUCAACCUGGACAAACUGAAGGGAAAUGAAGGGGCGAUGGUGGCCGAGGACUCAGCCUGCAGUACGUGCCACUCUGAGGAUGGGGUCAGCAUUGAGGACCAGCAGAGCAGGGAGAGCCAGGAGGAUCUGAUCCAGGUGUCAGGGAUGUCUGAGGGGGAGGGUGGUCUGCGCCAGGUCCCAGAAGAGGUAGUGACCACAGAACAAGUGAUGGCAGCCCUACCAGGCCAUGUGCUGGGGGCUGUUGGCGAAAUGAAGAGGCUCAACGGCAUGGCCCUGAGGAACGGUUCUCACGGGAUGAGUGAGACUGAGACCGAUCAGUCUGGAGGCUCGGAUGUGAACAGUAUGGACUCGGUGGAUAGUGGCUGCACCAUGGGGGCUAGGGACAGUAGUGGCAGCCCUGCCAUGGCUCUGGGCUCUGAACUUAUCGUUUGGGAGAUUGAGGUGCCAAAGCAUCUGGUGGGUCGGUUAAUUGGGAAACAGGGGCGAUACGUGAGCUUCCUGAAGCAAAGCUCUGGUGCAAAGAUCUAUAUCUCCACCCUGCCUUACACUCAAGAGUUUCAAAUCUGCCACAUAGAGGGCUCCCAGCAGCAGGUGGACAAAGCCUUGUCCUUGAUCGGGAAGAAGUUUAAGGAUUUGAACCUGACCAACCUCUAUGCCCCCCCACCUCUGCCGCUCACGCUGCCCUCGCUGCCCAUGACCUCCUGGCUCCUGCUCCCCAGCGGUGUAACCGUGGAGGUGAUCGUAGUGAACAUUGUAUCGGCGGGUCACCUCUUUGUCCAGCAGCACACACACCCUACGUACCACGCCCUGCGCAGCCUGGACCAGCAGAUGUUCCUGUGUUACUCCCAGCCAGAGACACCCACCCUGCCCUCGCCUGCUGAGGUGGGGGUGAUCUGUGCGGCGCCGGCGGUAGAGGGAGCCUGGUGGAGAGCCCAGGUCAUUUCCUUCUACAAAGAGACCAGUGAGGUUGAGAUCCGAUAUGUGGACUAUGGUGGCUAUGACAGAGUGAAGAUUGACACACUACGGCAAAUAAGGUCAGACUUCGUAACAUUACCGUUCCAAGGUGCAGAAGUAUUACUGGACAACAUCGCCCCCCUUCCAGGAGAGAAGAGCUUUUCAACCGAGGCCGCCUCUGCACUGGAGGAGAUGACGAGAGGGGUAGCACUGCUUGCACAGGUCACAAACUACGACAACAACACUGGUCUCCCAUUGGUCCAGAUGUGGAACAUGGUUGGAGAAGAGCUGGUAUCAGUUAACCGCACACUGGCAGAGCGAGUGAUGGGUACCUGGGUGGACAGCUUUUGAACCUUGCUGCCCCCCACCCGUCAACCCCUUCUCAGUUUUACCACACCCCUCCUAGAACCCUUCUUCUGAACUAGUCUCUGGAGUCUGACCCAACCAGCCCUCCAGAAACACCCCAUAACACUUCAAUGGAAGAACACAACCACUGGAUUUGGGAAUAAUUUGUUUUUUUGGGGGCAUUUUUACCCUAGAUUUCACAAAGAAAUAAAAAUGGUUGUAUGCAGAAAAAAACAUGAAGUACUGCUUCAGAAUAAGCCAACUCCCCUUCUCUCCUCCCCCACACACCAAAAGAACUUAAAGAAGGAAAAUAAAGUACUUGUACAUUUUAAAAAUAGAUCUAUAUUGUAACUAAAGGUCGAUCUGAUUUUUCGUCCUACCUGACAUUUCACUCCACAACUUUGCCUGUGGAUUCUCAUCAUGCUGUGGAUGUAUAUCUCAACUCAAUAGGAAACAGUGUCAAUGGAGAACUAACCUCACUGUCAGCUGUAAUUACAUGUAUACACUUGUAUAGUGAUAUCAACAGAAUUGGGCUUUGAAGACUGGGCUAAGUGUGGGGUUUCUAUAUUGUAUGUAGUGCAGUAGCCAGUCCCCAGUUCAUGUGCCGGCAGGCUGUGUCUCGUCGUUUGGUCUCAUCAUGACAGCCGGGGACAUACAGGCCUGGGGGGGCUAAGAAUGGCGUCUGGAUUCAUGGUUGUGAAUGACGACUUCGUCUGUGGAGACAAAUGUAGAUCUCCGCUUUGUUGCCGCUAACCACAGUCAAGGAAACGGACAGGGUGGGGGUGAUUCCUUUCUCCGACCCUCUGACUGGGAGAAUGUGCAGAACCGGAAUCCCAGGAGUCGCGUGAAGGCCCGCUCAUCUGCCCUGGCCUCUCCAGUCUGUACAACACUGUGGCCUUAUGGAGAAACCAAACGGGCUUCCUUUUCUGGGAUCUCCAACUGACCUGCAAGCAGACCAACCUGACCCCUCUUUCCCCAUGCAAUCGCUGGUUGCCUUCAGCGUCUAUCCAUUGUCCUGCCUGGCAUCUCAGCUGAUGCACUCACCACUACAUUUCAGAUCCACUACUGUUGUCUGGCACUGGAGUUGUUGAGUCUGGGACAUGAUGUGGAAGGGUAGGGUGCACUAGCUCCCCCCCCACCUUCUUGACUGACUCCAGGGGCCUCGCGCAACUCUUGGUGCAACUGUCUAAGGUCUUUGGGAGAGGACACCGCCGUGCGGUUAACAUUGGUGUGUGUGUGGAAACACUACAGCCACGGACAGGCCUCUGAUGCCUGACCAGGAACUCUUACAAAGCAUCUUACGUUAACGUAAUUUAGCCCUGCUCAGUCAGGAUAGACCCAGUGCUUAUAUUAAAAUCAGUCUGUCUCCUAAUAUGCAUGUUAA